CUGAUUUCUUGCUGCAAGUGUUCUCGUCCCGAAGAUUCUUUGACAGCAUCAUCGCUUCGACAAACCCCCACGCUUCUUCUUCUAGUUCUUUCCAGUUUACAGACUAGAGAAGGCACAAACGCACACAGGCUUGGCGCAGUCACACAUCACCCCUCUGCCACUAGUGCUAAGACUAGUAUUUUCCCACCGAAACAAACACAAACCGAGGCACAAACAUUCAGCUAUCGGUAAUCAAGCCCAUCCUGACUCUUGCCCCCUCUGAGCUAAUACAUCGUUAUCUUUGCUAAGAGAUCCUCACUUGACGACAACGCAACACCAAACAGGAAAGUCGAGAAGGAGAUUAAUCACCGAAAGUCUCGGAAUCAGUAGCGCCCUACUACACUCCCAAUUCUAUAUUUUGAUACACCAACCAUGGACUCUACCUCCAUAUGGGAUAUAUACUCAAGUGCUAAGAAGCUGCUGCCUUUGUACGAAAGAAUGCAAAAUCGUUCGAUUCGCCAAGAAAGUCGAUCUAUACAGACCUCGAAGAAGGAGGUGCAGAAUUCAGCGCUAGACAGCAUGUUGUCCUCCACGAAUAGUAGCAUGAACAGCAGCAACCCUACGGCGGACUUCAACAUGAAUUACAUGAACAACGAAGAUAUAUUAUCUGUUGAUUUGUUGACUCCCUUGUCGGCUUCGCCCGCCGCAAUAGUGUCUGCAUCAGGCAAGCAACUGAAGAACUUUAACCAAAAUGACAAUACAAACAAUAAUACGAACACUAACUCUAAUAGAAACAACAGCGGUUCUAAUGCUACCAAUAACAGCAGUAACAACAACGUCAACAACAAUAUGAGUAACACCGCUAAUGGCAAUAAUAACAUGAUCACUCCUACCUCUAUUACUGAAAGCCCCAACUCGACAAACAACAUGGGGAUCAAAUUGGCGGCUAAUUCUAAUAGCAAUGACAAAAUGUUUGAUCCUUUCAAGAGCUAUGCGUUUGCAGAUAUUGUGGACUUUAAGAACGAUGAAGACAUUUCAUCUUCCGAAGUCGACUUUGACAUUCUUCGUGAAUUGAAGAGAAUAAACGAAUCAAACAACUUGAAUUUUCAACCUACCCAAACCAUAAGGCCACUAGAUAUCAAGAUCAAGUCAGAAUCGUCCAUAUCCAUCAACAAUCAAAACAUCCUGUCCACUAAUGAUAAUAAUAAUACAAUCUCGAGUUUUGAGAACGAAAAGAAAAACGUCAAUAAUGAAAAUAAUGUUAUUAAGAAUGAGGCAAUGAGCUCUGAAUCUACUCCAACUGGCAUGACCCCUAAUAAAAGCAUAUACGAAAAUGACAGAAUGAUUAAUGCCACUACUAAUACAGGCACCACUCCAAGUACCAUGAACAACACAUUUCAAAACAAAAUUAAAGAUACUCCAAUCAUCAAUAAUAAGCAAAAAUUCAUUAAGAUGGAGUCCGACUCGCCAUCACCUUCUAGCCAUCCAAGAAUGGGGUCUACAUCCCAGCCUAAUGAACUCCAAACUCAAGCACGUCAAUCGAAAUCCACCAUUUCAUCAUCUGCCCCAACAAAAGAGAAUAUCAAAUCUAUAUCCAAAUGCAGCAAUUGUGGAACAACUAAGACGCCAUUGUGGAGAAAGGACCCAAACGGCAACACUUUAUGUAAUGCGUGUGGUUUGUUUUUAAAAUUGCACGGUACUAUGAGACCUCUUUCUUUGAAAACAGAUGUUAUAAAGAAAAGGAACUCUAAGAGACAAUCAUUAGGUGCUCAAGGUGAAGGUUACAAAAAUUUAUCCCAUAUGACUCCGAACCCCAAAUCAUCCUCCCAAUCGCCAAAUCCAAGUAUGUACUUCCCCCAGAGUUUCCCAAAUUCAAAUAUAAAUAAUUUUGGAGUAACAGGACCAAAUCAACCACCUGUUCAGUCACCACACCAACUUCAAUAUAUUCAACCUCAACCAGGACUAUCUAUUCCACAGUCUAAAACAUUUGUACCAGUACAUUCACAAUCUCAAAUUCCAGUGAAUUCGGGGAAUCAGUCACAAAAUCGCUCAAAAAUCGUUCCAAUUUUGCCCAAACCCUCCAGGGAUAGCUCCUCCCCAAAUCAAAACUUCAAUGCCAUAAAUUUCAAUUUCUCAAUUGGGGCCUCACCUUCACAACCACAAGAUAUACCCCAAUUCAAGAGGCGAAAAUCAAGAUUGAACUUGUCAUCAUCUCAAAACUCACAACCUCCCUCACCUUUAACUGCGAUCAAUACAGGAACUUCAUACUCGCCAUCAUCAUCUGUUACCUACUCACCAGUGACUAAUAUGACAGCUUCAUCUCCUGCUCACGCCAGUUCACCAGCUGGUGGUGUUUUAUUAGUUUCACGCUCACUAUCGAGACAAAACUCAAUCUCAUCUAACUCCUCUCACAACUUGUAUCAGGAUUUGAAUAAUAAAAGAGGAUUGACAUACAACAAUGUCAAUCAGAUAGCCAAUGGCACACCAACAAAUAGUAUUAUUAGUAAUAGCUACAACAAUACCAUGAAUAAUAAUGUUAUCAGUGGCAAUAGCAAUAGCUCGCCAUCAAACAGCUCGGGCAACUCAAAUUUGUCGGUAAAUAAAUGUUCUCAACAACGACAGCAGAAACCUUCUAAUUUCAGUAAUUUGAGUGCCGGAAUGAAUGCAAUCAGAAUCUCUUCAGCUGGGAAAUCUGGCCUAAGCAAGUGCUUGGCAAAUGUGAAUGAUAAGCCACAAGCAAUGCAAAAGUCAUUGAAAAUAAACAAUAAAAACAGCACCAACUUGAGUCCCUUUGAUGGCGGCUCUAAAAAUAACAUUGAUACAGGCAUCAAUAUGGAUGACUUGGAUUGGUUGAAGUUUGAUAUUUGACUAGUCCAUCCAACGCCUUAAAUCCAUAUUUUCAAAGCUUUUUUUCAUCUGUAUCUUUAUCUAAAAAAUGUCAUAGGAAGAAGCCAUUAUUAAUUAAAAUUAAUGAAGUCAGUCAUGAAAUGUGAAAGAUACUGUUGACAAAGAAACUUUUUUUUUCUUAACAUUUGCUUAUACUCGUGUGAUUUGAAUCUUCAAAUACUUUUCUUUCUUUUUCAUCUUUUCCUUGGUCAAUUUAUUAGACUCGAUAUAUUUGAUUGGUUUCUUCACUUAAAUUGUUCUUUCAUUUCGUAUUCCGUUUUCUCGGUAUUUUUGCAAUUUACUGCUUACUACAACUAAAUCUUUU